AUGAAGCGCUUUCUACAAAUCCCCACCCGCUCUCUCACCCGUCGAUUAUUCUCACAAUCCAUAAGUCAAGCCUCUUCACGCUUAUACAAACCUCUCAACCCCGGGACAUCAGAGAUUAGACUCCUCAAAAUACCACCGAACCCCUCCUCAGAAUUCGAACUUGUCACUGUAUCUCUCGACGAUGAACCCAAGUAUGCGGCACUGUCCUAUCUCUGGGGCGACCCCGAAACAUAUGGCCAGGUCACGAUCAAAGGAAACACCGUCAAAAUCCCGGAUAACUUGGCUUCAGCCUUUCUCUGCGUUUUAAGCGAUGAAUCUUUCAGAUCACAGUCACAUGUCAGAUACCUUUGGGCUGAUGCGAUUUGCAUCAACCAGAACGAUCUUGAUGAGAGAUCUCAACAAGUUCAGCUUAUGCGUCGUAUCUUCCAACGCGCGCAUGUCACGUUUGCCUGGGUCGGCCCAAAAGAUUAUUCUCUCGCUUUUGAAACUAUAAAAACAAUCACGGAGGAGAUAUACGAGAAUACUCCCAGGGAAAAUGCUCCAUACAAGACAAAAUUCGAUCUCGAAUGGUUGCGGCGGCAUCCUAUGCUUUGUAUCGACAGAGGAUCCGAUUUACCAAACAACCACUUGAACGACCCUUGGUCUGCUGUAGCCGAUUUCUUAUAA